AUGAAAGCCCGUGGGCAACAAAUGCAAACAUUGAUAGUCAAGCAACAAGACAGAUCCCAGGGCCAGCCAAGUCUUGUCAGUGUGAUGGGGACAGCCCCGGGACCAGGAGAACUAAAGGGUGCACGAUGGUACGAACUGCCUCUUGAAGAGCCUAGUAAUUUGCACUGGCUAUCUGGCGAAAAGCCUGGAUAUAUCAUAUCCCUCGAGAAAGCUUGUCAAACAGGAUCAGUUCCGGAUAUACAAGCAGUUAUCAAAUCGAAUCAUCUCUCUACAAUCAAACUCUAUAAGGCUCUACUCAUCACACUAAAUGCCGGACGCAUCCAUGCGUCUGCAUAUCUCCUGGAGAAUGGUGCACAAGUCGUAGGAUCCACACCAAGGAAUAUUCUCUCCGCACCAGUCCCUUCUCAAAUCCCUCUCUUCGAGCUCUUGAUUCAGCAUGGCUGGGAUAUUAAUAAAGUAGAGGAAGCAGAAGACCUUCUCCUUCCAAGUUUAUCCAUAGUAACGAACCUCCCACUUCUGGACUGGUUCCUAUGCCAUGGCGCAAAUCCUAAUGUAGGCUGGAGAGUUGCCGAUCCAACACUGAAAGCUGGUCUUGAUAAUUACUGCGCUGCUCUAGAAUUCGCUGCGAGGAAGGGAAGCAUCGAAGCUGUACGGAUGCUACUAGACGCGGGUGCGUGCGUAUCGAAUGGGACGCCGUUACACUCUGCGGCCGGAGCUCUUCCGCCUGGUUCCAAUGCACAUACUGGAAGAGUCACUCCUAGUGAGGAAUUUGAUAUCGGGAUGAUUCCCAUAAUGGAUGAUCUUGUGAAUGCUGGCGCAGAUGUCAAGCAGAGGAUUGAGACUUGUCAUAUGACUCCGGUCUAUGCUAUUAAUCAUGCUGUUAUGGCUGGGGCGGUGGAAGGGUGA